GGAUGACAGAUGUAUAUAAAGCAGGGCUGUCAACAUAUCUUUAGAUUUUCUUAUUUUUUAAAUUGAAAAAGAAGGAGAAUCCAAUAGUUAUUAGUUAUUAUUGUUUUUGGGAACUUUCUUUUUUUUAAAGAAGCUUUUGAUUUUCAGAACCUUUUCUGUCAAACACAAGUGAGGCGUAGAAGUGAAGUAAACCAGUCAAGGAAAAUAAGCAGAGGAGCAAAGGUCAACAAGAUGGCUUCAAACAUCCCACAAUCUGAGGCAGAGUGCACAUGUCCAGUGUGCUGCGACAUAUUUACUGAUCCCGUUCUGUUGCUGUGUGGCCACAGCUUCUGCCAGCAUUGCUUACAGGAGUGGUGGAGACAGAGCUCACUGAGGACAUGCCCGGUCUGUAAGGAAAUGUUUCAUAUGACUCAGCCGCCUCGGAAUCUGGCCCUGAGAAACCUGUCUGACUCAUUGAAGCAGGAGAGGAGAAAGAGAGCUGGAUCCAAGGAGAUUUGCUUAUUGCAUGGUGAAAAGUUCAAACUCUUCUGUCAGGUCCAUCAACAACCCAUCUGUGUGAUUUGUCGGGAUUCGAAAACACACACAAAACACAAAUGUGUUCCCAUUAAUGAAGCAGCAGAGGAGUACCGUAUUAAAAUCCAGACAAAUCUUAACAGCCUGAAAACUAAGCAGGGAGAUUUUGAGAACCAAAAAAAACAAUGGGAGAACAUGGCCACCCUCAUCAAGCUACAGGCUCAGCAGACAGAGCAAACCAUCAGAGGCGAGUUCCAGAAACUUUAUCACUUCCUGAGAAAAGAGGAGGCAGGCCGGAUAGAUGCGUGUCGGAGAGAAGCAAAACUUAAGAGUGACGCAAUGAAUAUCAGGAUUAUAAACCUAACUGCAGAGAUUUCUGAGCUCAUGGAAAAAAUCAAAACCAUAGAAUAUCAGAUGAGAGCAGAAGACCUCUUAUUCGUCCUGAAUGCAAAAUCAACACUGGAAAGAUCGUUGUGUAAGCUGCAACAACCAGAGACCCCAGAAGGAUGUCUGAUUGAUGUGGGUCAGCAUGUUGGAAACCUUCAGUUUUCAGUCUUAAAAAAUAUGGCUGAAAUAGUAAAAUACACUCCUGUGUUUUUGGAUCCUAACACUUGCUGUAAUUAUCUGACUGUAUCAGAGAACUUAACCAGUUCAACAAAAAGUGAUAAGAAUCAGCCAUAUUACUCCAACCCUGAGAGGAUGUCUUCUCCAGAACUUCUUGGCUAUCAAGGUUUUAACUCUGGUAGACACAGCUGGGAUGUAGAGGUAGAGGUGGGUGAUUUCUGGGCUGUGGGUGUGGCUGACAAAACUGCAAAGGACACAUGGGCCAUGUACAUUUGUGUUUGUACCGGUCUUCUACGUAACCUUACCAAAAAGGAUGAUUUCUCUGAAAUAAAAGUAGAAGUUCUACCUCAGAAAGUCAGAGUGCAGUUAAAUUAUAGCCAAGGAAUAAUUUCAUUUUUUGAUCUUGAUAGAAAAAAAACAAUUCAUGCCAUCAAAUGCAGUUUCACAGAAACAGUCUUUCCAUACUUUCGUGGCAGUGUAAAAAUUUUACCGUCUGAUACAAGCGUGAGCAUGAGGAGAACCCAUGCAUAUCUCAGUUACAGGUCCUUCCAAUCUUGAAGGUGCUAAAAUAGCAGAAUGAGCAUUUGAAAUUGAUUUUUGUUGUGGCAUAGAUGUUUGACCACACUUUUAAAUCUUCUUUUGCAGUUUGCAGUUCCUGAUAAAUUGCAAACUUGCAAAAAAUCGUCUUAAUUUUUAUCCAUAUCUACUUUGCUUUAUUAUCCAGCAGGGAUGCACAGUUGCAGAAAGCAGGACAGAAAGCUUCAGUCAGUCAGGAAACCGUCUGAAGUUACAGUUUGCUAUGCUUUAGAAAAUAUGAUCUGCAAGUAAAAUACAUUGUAAAAAAUCAACACUUACUAGUGUAAAUACCUACAAUAUCUCUACAAUCUCCCAUAUAACUGGCCGCAUGUAUAAUUUCUGCAGCUUUGUGAAGUUUUUCUAAUCUUGUCUGGGGCCACAGUCUAUACCAAAAUUAUCUUUUACAGAUUUAAUUUAAAAAGACUUUAUUUUUAAUUACAUGAGACUUUUCUAAAAAAGUUCAAAACAAUUUCAACUCUGAAAAAAAAUGCUAUUUUUCUUCACAUUUGAAUAAAAAUGUCACCUCAAAAAUUACAUAUUCCUUUCUGAAGAAACAUAAGACAAAUCUUUAUUAGCAUUGAAGCAAUCAUAAUCUCAUCCUAAUUGCUGACAGCUUUUGCAUUUUUCCACAUACAUUUUGUCUUUGAUAAUGAACUCCUAGUCUUUGAGACUGGAAGGUCUUUAACUUUCGACUUCAUUUUUCUUUUUUGGCCACUCUGUGAGUGCAAGUUGCUCGAAAAUCCUGCAGCUCAAGAUAGGCAUUGUUGGAGGUUAUUUUGUUUGCUUGUUUUGUUUUCAAUUAUUUUUAUUUUACAUUUGCACAUUCUCCUCAAGGCAUAUGGUUUGCAUAUUCAUGAAGGCAAACUCACAAAAUUUAGAAACCGAAUGCUGCUUCUCAAUGUUUGGUUCUGGUUCUGGAGAUGCUGAGUAGAGUUGUGGAAGGUUGAUACAGUCAUAAUCGAUCUUUAAUGUAAUUCAGUGCGAACGCUGUUGUUGUAUCAGCCUCAUAGACCCCUCAGGUCUUUUGGUUCUGGUCUACUCUGCAUCCCCAGAAACAAACACAGAAAAGCAGCUUUCAGCUUAUAUGCACCAGAAAUAUGGAGCAAAUUUCCAGAAACAUUGACUUUCUUUAAAUCUAGACUAAAAACCCACUUGCUUAGAGUUACGUUUGAAGCACAAUCAAUAAAACAUUAAUCAAUAAACAGGUGUAAUGACGGUAAAGUGUUGACUGUGUGUUCUAUGACUUUGUAUUUUUGUGUUUCUGUGAUGUAAACUUUGAAAUGCCAUACAAAUAAAAUUUGAUUGAUUGAU